UUCCUCUGAGUGCUUGACGCUGGGUGGCUUCCCUGGUGGAGCUUUAGUAUUUACAACAACAUUAUCAGAAGCCUGCCCGACGCUGCUGUCCAUCACGGACAGACAGGGAGUCGACCCUUCGCCUAGACGCUUUUAAUAUGUGUUUUCUGUUUACGGCGCGCGUCGCUUCCAGUUCGGACUUCUUUGAAGCAUUUGGGGAUAUUUCUUACAAUGUUGGCGAGUGAUAUCCGUCUACCGUGUGCACUGCAGUGGUGCGCAGCUUCGCCUGGAGAAACACCUGUGCGCCUCUCCUCUCCACUGGCCACACAGUCAUGAAUGUUGAAUAGCUCAUCAAUGUGUUUGCCAUCAGUUGGUUUCGGCCUUGGUGGCAGCAGCUCGACAAUGAACCAGAGGAGCAUUCGGAGGAGUGAUGAAGGUUUCGAGGUGGUUUAAUGGUUGGGUUUGAUGCGAACAGAUCACCCUAAGGCGCGGUGACUGUCUGCAUUUGUCUAAAAGAGCAACAGAAGGAGCAGCACAAAUACCGCACAACCAGACAUCAUGCAGGGAGAAACCUUCCCUCGCUGCAGAGUGCUGAAAUGUUAGCACAGAAGAGCAAGAGUGUCAGAUCAAAUCAGCAAACUGUUUACAUUAGGGGAGGCGAUAAGAGCUGCCUGACACCAGACUCCCUAACGCCCUGCGUGUGGUUUAAGGCCCCUUUCAAUCACGAUCGAGAAAAGACGCAUUAACUGAUCUCUCAUCAGCACUUUUCUCUUUUUCUGUCAGAUUCAGCACUCCUGCAGUGAGCAGAGAUGGAGUGGUCACUAGAAAAUGUGAGGGAGAUGGUGGCAGGAGGGAUGCAGUCUAUAAGGGAGUGUGAGAUCUGUGCUUUCGCCAUUGCCAUGUGUGUGCUGCUGCUCUUUAUGUGGUAUUGUUACAGGGUGGGCCGGGAGCACGGGUCCAGCCCUCUGCGUGGGAGGUAUCUGACUGGGCCCGGCCGGAUUGGAGGGGUGGUGGGGGGCUUUAUGAGUUCAGACUGCAAAGGAAGGGGCAAAGGGAAACAUGGAUUGUUGCUAGAAGAGCAGAAUGGCUUCGCUUUCUGUCAGUCUUCAGAGUGCUUCCGUUGCACCAGCGCCGGAGAGAGUCUGAACCAGAGGCUCUAUCACAGCCUGCAGGAAUACGCCAAGCGCUACACCUGGUCAGGUAUGGGCAGGGUGCAUAAAGGAGUACGAGAUCAAGGCAGAUACCUGAACAGCCGACCCACCAUCCAGCGGCCAGAGGUCUUCUUCCUCCCAGAUCUUCCAUCAGCCCCUUUCUUCUCUAGAGAGAUCCAGAGGCACGAUGUGGAGCUGCUGGAGCAGAGCUUCCCCGCACUCCUGGCAGAGUUCGAGAGCAUCUACCACCAGCCUCCAGCCCGCAGCGGCUCCUGCCUCCCCCCGGGUUGGAAAGCCAACAGCACCCCUCGUGGGCAGUGGUGGACAUACUACCUGGUCAACCAAGGCACCCCUAUGGUUCUCAAUGUGAGGAGGUGUCCCCGUGCCUGGAGAGUGCUGGGCCAACUGCGUACCUUCAUCGCCAAUAAUGUGUUCGGAAACGCCUGCUUCUCUGUGCUGACGCCCGGUGCUCUCAUCUCCGAGCAUUACGGCCCAACAAAUGUCAGGCUGCGCUGCCACCUGGGUCUCAGAGUGCCCCCUUCCUGUGAGCUUGUGGUUGGUGGGGAGCCACAGUGCUGGUCUGAGGGCAGCUGUCUGCUUUUCGAUGACUCCUUCCUCCACAGGGCCUUCCACGAGGGUGGUGCAGAGGACGGCACCAGAGUGGUCUUCAUGGUGGACCUCUGGCACCCUAACGUGGCCGCAGCUGAGAGACAAGCCUUGGAUUACAUUUUUACCCCGGGCCGCUUAGAGGACAAAGAAGGGAAAUAGGUGUGAGUGAAAAACCAUGUCCGACAAAAAAAGACAGAUGGAAUAUAGGGAUGGGUUUGUAGGAUUGGGGAGCAACUCUUUUUCUGCCUCCAGACCAGCUCUCAUAUUCACUGUGUACAUAUUCUCCGUCUCAUACAAUAUCUCACCUAACUCUUAUAGCUAAUGACCGAACAUUGGCCCUCUGUUAUCAAUCAUGUUUUUGUCAGCAUAGCUGUGUGAAAGACCGCCUCACCUGAAAACUCCAAAUCAUCAGGUACAUGAAUAUUCAUUCAGCCAUUUGACUGAUGUAUAUUUACAUUGUGGCUUUGACAUUUCAGCCUAAAUGUCGGUGUAAUUUAUUUUUAAUCAUUUUAUUUCCAACAAACUUGCAUCAGAGCUCUAAAGAUUUCUCGAUUCCUCGGUUGAUCUUUCCAAAUUAAACCCCAAAUCUCUAGAUAAUUAAUAAGUUGUGCACCAACUUUUGGUUUUGAAUUGAUUGGUUGACAAAACUAAAAAUUUAAAGACAACACCUAGGCUCUGGAAAAUGUGAUGACCAUUAAAAAAACAUCUUUGUCGACUUAAUUAUGGUUUGUUUAAUUAUAGUUGCUUAAUAAAUAAUGAAAAUCAUUUUAACUUUCAGAGCUAAUUUGCGUUUGUAAAAAAUCAAACAGUUUGCUGAUAGAGAGCCUAUUAUGUUAUAAAUAUGUCAAAUGGCAACGAGUUUCGCCAACAGCUAUACAUGAACCGGACUCAUGUAGGUAGCAUGUAUGUAGUAUGUCUCCUCUCCCAGACAUAAGGUUACAAAUAAGAUUUUACAAGGUGUGGGUGGUAUUAGUUUACGCUUAACAUCUUACAAGUAUCAUUAAUUCUUUUGCACUUACUGUAACCGCCUCCAUACAUUUCUGCAAGGGCUAAGUAAUCUGAUCAUUCUCCCCACUACACAUCAUAUCCAGUCAGAAAUGUGCCACGUUUUGCAAGAUUAUCAGUGUUCUUGCACAUUUUAUUAUUUUGAAAAAAAAAAAAAGUACAACUCCCAUUUUCAAAUGUGGGACUGUGAUUGAAUAUUUAUGAGUGUGUGCAAAUAAAAGUCUUUCUUCAUGCAAAACCUUGACAAAUAUUUUAGGGAUUACAUUUCUUAUCUACAUGGAAAGAGGGCUAACCUAAAGCUACAAGACCUGCUGUUUAAAGGCAACACACAGUGAAGCCAGAUUACAAGAACAUGCAGUAGUUGCACACGUCUUUAUUGGUACAGUCUCAUUACUGAGAAACACAUUCAGUAUCAUUCUGUACUCAUCAUUUUAGCUGAGUUACCUGCAUGAUGCACAGUUUGGACUUUACUAUUAAAAAGGCGACUUCUACUAGAUUCCUCACUAAAACAUUGCACAGGAUGAUACAGCAGCGUGAUGACACAAACUACAGAAAUGAUUACUUUUCUCUGUGAAUGUUAUAGAGACGACUAAACAGAUGGAUCCAUGUGUGAUUUGAUAACUGAGGUCCAAUGUUGAUCAUAACAUGAAUGUUUACAGACGCAGCUAAUAUCUCUGUUCUGACUCCUGCUGGUGUGGUGGUUUGUUGUGCUCCUCUUUCAAAAAAAUCGAUCCUGGUUUCAUGAGACAUGGUUAGAAAAGCACAUUUUUAGGUCAAAUCGUGUAAGUCGGCCUGUGCUGUAAUGCUGGGGAUGAAGUGUUUUUGGUAAAUUUACUAAACUCUUGUAAUUUGGUUGCAUUUGAUAUCCGGUUUGUAUUUCUGUAAAUAGGGUCAAGAUUGAAAACAAACGGAACGGUGUGGGAUGUGUUUGAGGUGAUUGUCUUCAAUGCUAUAUCUAUUGUGUAGUGUUGAUUUGCAGCUAAAGCAAGUGCAUUUCUGAAAAAGCCAACCAUGAACUCAUUUUGAUAGAUUACAAUUUGUAGAUUCUGUAAAAUGUUUAUGAAUACUCUCUCUUUGUUGUUCUGUGAUGUGUUUCCUUUUCAUUUGGCAGCGCCACACAUCGCACAGUGUAAAAGGUAAUGCAAAUUAAUCUUCAGCAGCUUUACAGGUCCAUCCAUCGCAAAUCAGAAUACCAGUCCAUUCGAUUCCAAUGUUUACAAAAGUAUGAUUAUUUACAAGCUGUUUACAACAUGGGAUGAGAGCGACACUCACAUUGAGCUGUCUUUAAUUAGGUUUAAAAUCAAGAGUGCUGUUAAAAAGAGAAUGAAUCAUUCCCCAAAGCAUUUGCUUUACAUACACAGUACAUUGUGGAGCAACCAUUUUGUUUACAUUUGAAUGAAGAUUUGUCCUUUAACACAUUCUUGUGUGGAUUUUGAACAGUAUUUCUGUACAUUUAAUAAAUGGACUAGUAUCUUAUUUAA